CAGCUGUCGAAGAAGUUGACAUUUCGUGUUUCAAGUGCCAAUCGUUCCUCGUUCUUUUUGAUCCGCCAUUGUAUCAAAGUUGCUACUCGACGAUUUCUUCAGAACUAAAAACUUAAAGAAAUGGAGAACGACGCUGGAGAAUUCGUUGAUUUGUACUGCCCGAGAAAGUGCUCAUCCAGCAACCGGAUCAUCCACGCCAAGGAUCAUGCCUCCAUCCAGAUCAACAUCGUCGAUGUGGACCCACUGAGCGGUCGUAUGCUGGAGACUUCCAAGGUGUACGCCAUUUGCGGCGAAAUUCGCCGGAUGGGUGAAUCGGACGACUGUAUCGUGCGGCUCGCCAAGAAAGAUGGUCUGCUGACGAAGAACUACUAAAGUGUCUGUUUCAAAUGAUGUAAUCAGUUAAUAAAACAGUCAAAAAGCUAAUAA